UCAUAAUUUUUAGCAGGAAAUUCAAGACCAACCACUAUCUUGGUUACAAGAAAACAUGAGAAAAAACUACUCAGAACCAUGCCAAUCUUAUAAAACUGUUAUUCCGUUACCUGGUGCAUGUAUCAAAACUUGGACAAACACUGGUGAUAAACUUUUUGUUAAUGUUUGCCAUUCAACAGAAAUAUGUGCCCCAAAAGACAUAUGCGAUAUGGAACUUUUACAGGAGAUGGCUAAAGAAGAAAUUACUUUCCUUAUUCCAAUGGCAAUAGGAUUUGAGAGAAUGUCUAAGGAUAAAGAUGGUAUUGAUAGAUCGACAUUUGAUAUCUUAAUAAACACAAGGUUUUUUGAAAAAUGUAUGGGAAGACCAUGUUUUUGGAAAUUUACUGUUCUAGUACUUCUUAAUGCGAUUAAGGAGAAAUAUGGAAAACUUAUAGAUCCCUCAAAAUAUGUUGUUUUGAAAAACUGCAAGGUAAUGGGAGCUCUGGAUAAAUUUAAUAUAGCAGAUCGAGAGGCAAGAAUGCCUUCAAAUAAAAAACCUUUGUUAAAAAAACCUUUGAUCGAAGUACUUGAUGAGCAUAUAACUGAUAAUAUUGAAUAUAAACAAAAACCAAUUAAGACAAAAAAUAUAAAGGAGCAAAACUAUGUUAUUGUUAAAUCAGAUAAUAGAAAAAAUUUAAUUGGUUUCUUUUAUUUGCCUUCGUCAAAUAUUGAAGAUAUUAUAAUAGAUCUUGGAGAGAAUCGUAUAAUAAUUGAAAAUCAAAAGAAUAAUACUUUGAUUGAUAUAUUCAUACCAUACCAUAUUGAUAAUGAAUGUAGUAUUGCAAACUAUGAUAGCAAUUUAAAUAUUCUUAAACUGAUAUUAAUUUUAAAUAUUUUGUAA